AUGCAAAAUAAGAGGGAUUCUAGUAACAUGUUGGCUACCGCGCGGGAUACCAUGGCGAAAGGUGAGCUUGCCACAAAGACGCCAGAGCUUAGCAUCAACCCGCAGGACCCGCUUGACGUUGAUCUUCCCAUCAGCGUCUCUUUGCUGAGGCGUAAUUUGCUGCUCUUCACUGUACUCAAGACUAUUGGGUCGUUUGACUCGGGGGCAUUUAGCGCGGCACUUGGGGCGGAGAAUGGGAUUGCGGAGGAGUGGGGCCUCGGCACCGUGCGUCAGGGGACACUCACUUCGAGUGUCUUUCUUGGCAACAUCCUUGGCUGCCCACUGUCAGGACAUCUUUUUUCUCACCACAGCGCAAAACGGGUGUUGGUGGGCUCGCUUAUAUUGCACACGGCAUUUACUUUUCUAUUUGCGACACUGACAAAUUACGGAUUUGCCCUGCUUUGUCGGUUUCUUAUUGGCAUCACCUUAUCGUUUGUCAUUGUAUAUGCACCCGUGUGGGUGGACAUAUUUGCCCCGCAUGAUCGUCAGUCGGUUUGGAUGGCCUCACACAAUGCUGGAGUGCCGCUUGGCAUUAUGCUUGGCUACACCUGUGGCGCGUUUUUGCCAUCCUACACCAAUAUUCAUUGGGAAUGGGCAUUUUAUAUCAAAUGCAUCCUCACAAUACCGGCCGUGGCAUAUCUGUUGCGCGUCGACUCCCGCUCGAUUGAUCGACCUAGCAGAAAUAGAUCGGAAUCUGCUUCCACAGUCGCUGCAGCCGCUGCAUCAGACGUGAGUGCAGCUGAGCGAGUCUUGAAUGUUCUUCAUGCGAACAUGCGAUUAAUUUGGACCUCCUGCGUACCCUUGUUUCGUAAUAUAGAAUAUAUGUGUAGUACGCUUGCCAUGUGCUCGUUGUACUUUGUUGUGACUGGGCUGCAGAACUUCGUGACGCAGUACCUUCGUGAAGAGCCAUUUAAUGCAUCCAUGAAAACCAUCAUGUUGGGGUUUGGGGGUGCUGUCGUCACCGCCCCUGUUAUUGGCGUUAUCGUGGGUGGCGUCCUGCUUGAUCGCAUUGGUGGCUACCAAAGAAACCUACGACGUGUGACCGCGUUCGUCCUUGUGUGGGGUGCUGCCGCAGCCUUCUUCAGUAUCCUUUGUAUUUUCGUCACCGAAACGACGACGUUUUUGUUCGUGAUUUCUAUUGUGCUGUUUUGUGGUGGCGCCAUCAUUCCCCCGGGGAGCGGGACGGUGGUGACGUCUGUGCCUGAGCGCCUCCGCCCCGCCGGUGCCGCCUUCUCGCAGAUGAUGUAUAACCUGCUGGGCAACUUCAGCGGGCCGAUGGUCUGCGGCUACGUGGCCCAGUGGACGGGGCAACUCAAGUAUGGCAUCUACACCGUCCUCUCCUGCAGUGCUGUGGGUCUUGUCCCGAUGCUGGUGCUGAUGCGCAAGGUGUGGAGCACGCCCGAGGCGCCACCCAUGUCGUCAGCGUCCGUGCGUAGCCGACAACGCCACCCACAGAAGACGGCUGCGAAGGAUGCGUGGUCGAUGUCAGCUGCUGCAAAUGGCGCGGAGAUGAUGCGGCACGAGUCGUCGCGCCUCGAGCGCCCAGACGAUGAGACUUUGCAGGUCGAUGGGGAGACCACCACACAGGGUGGCAGCGCCAUGUCCACCCCGAACAUCACUGCCGGCUUUACGCUACCUGCGGCGUCAUCGUCGCAGUUGUUUUUGCAGUCAAAGAAGAAGUUGCCGAAUGCUACAAAACAGGGGGCGGUGCCUGUUUUGGUGGUUCACAAUGGGCUCGGCGCGUCGCAGGAAAAACAGCAACAGGAGCAAUGGGAGCAACCGCCGCCAUCCGUCGGGUUUUCGGCGGAUGGGACGCCGGAGAUUAUUCAUAUACUCGGUGGAACUGAAGAGCAGGCGCGGGUGGCCGGACGACCCAGCAGCGGAGGAACUGCGGCCAUGAAUGGAGCUGUUGAGCCUGCCCUGCAGGAAAGGGAUGCGAUGGGGGGCAGCACGGACGGAAACGAUGAAUUCGACUUGGCGCUGGAGGCCGACGCCGCGCAGAUGAUGUCCUUCCCCAAUCACCAUAGCCUUGGGCUGGACAUUUUGCGCUCCUUUCUUAGCAGCGCGUCGCGUCGGCACUCGUCGUCACGGGGUGGCAGUCCCAACCCCACGACGUCGGCUCUAGAGCAAUUGGAGGAGGUUGAGGUGGACAGUCUCGUUGACGCGCACCGUAGCCUGAGUGACCUCCAUGUGCCCAGUCGAAGCCACACGCCAGCCGCGUUGACGAAAGGCCCACCGCCGCAACCGCAUUAG